AUGCCCAGAAUUUGCAAGAUCACCGGCAAGAAGCCGCUCGCCGGCCACAACAUCUCCCACGCCCAUAAUGUGACGCCGCGGAUGCAGCGGCCGAACAUCCAGAGCAAGCGUAUCUUCAUCCCCGAGCUGGGACGCUGGGUGCGACUGAAGGUUUCGACCCGGGCGCUGCGGACGAUCAAUAAGAAAGGAAACCGAGAUGGCCAACGGAUGGUGGAGCAGUACCGCGAGCGCCGCACCGAGUUGAAGGCGAUCAUCAAAGAUCCCAACACCCCGGAAGACGAGCGCGAUCUCGCGUUCCUCAACCUGCAGAAGCUGCCGCGCAAUUCCAGCCCGGUGCGGGUGCGCAACCGUUGCGUGCUGACCGGCCGGCCGCGGGGCUACUACCGCAAGUUCGGUCUGUCGCGGAUCGCGCUUCGUGACCUCGCCCUUCGUGGUGAGCUGCCGGGCGUGAUCAAGGCCAGCUGGUAG